AUGGAUGAAACAUUCACUUAUAAAGCUCCAUUGUUCAAAAAUGAGCGUACAACUGUUGAACGAGUAGAGAAGUUUAUUUCCGAGAAUUAUUUUAAAGAUUGCAACUUACGUGGUCGUCUUUACGGGCGAUCAUAUCCGGUCCACGUAAAACAUUGUGAUUUUGGUUUGGAUAUCGUAACAUUUCAUGAUGCUGUGGAAGCUCUUUCCACUCGAGGUGCAGAAGUAGGUGUAGGUUUUAAAUUUGGUCCAACCUGGACAACGCAUUGGUUUCAAAUUGACGUCAGUCUACCUCAGAAUAUUUCUAGUAAAUCAAAAAUUGUUUUACGCUUCGAUCCUAAUUGCGAAGCUCUUCUAUGGUCCGCAGAUGGCCAGCCAAUAAAGGGUUUAUCUCCGGAUUUUGGGCGUACAGAUCUUAUAAUUUCUACUUCUCCAACGGUACAAAGAUUUUACAUUGAGGCAUCAUGUAGCGAUCGAUCUGGUGACGGUGAUGGCAAUGCACUAGGACCCGUGAAGAUGGAUAAAAUAUUCGAACUGAAACGUUGUGAAUUAGCAGAAUACAAUGCAGCAAUUUACGAUCUUAUCAUCGAUUUUGAACUUCUAUUGGAAAUGUCAAAGAUGUUACCGAAAGAAGGAGCAAGGAGAUAUCAGGCCUUGUAUACGGCGAAUGACAUGAUCAAUUGCCUUGUUGUAUCAAAUUUUUCAUUAGAUGCACAAACACAAUGUCAUUUACAAGCUAAAAAAUUUUUCUGCCAACCAAAUGGAGCAAGUCAGAUGACUCUGUAUGCAAUGGGUAAUUGUCACAUCGAUACUGCGUGGUUAUGGCGGUACCGGGAAACAAGGAGAAAAUGUGCUCGAAGUUGGUCUGCAACUCUGCGUUUGAUGGAGAAAUAUAAGGAGAUGAAAUUUGUUAUUUCACAAGCUCAACAAUUAGUAUGGUUGAAAGAAUGCUAUCCGAGUCUUUAUAAGGAUAUGCAAAAAUUCGCAUUAGAUGGACGAUUUGUUGCAGUUGGGGGGGCAUGGGUUGAAAUGGAUGGNAAAUUUGCCUAA